AUGGCUGUUGCAUCCAACGGUCCCCUUCUUGAAAAGUACCUGGGCCUCGAUCAAAGAGGCUCUGUGCAAGCUGAAUACAUCUGGAUUGACGGCUUCAAUCAGUUACGUUCCAAGACCAAGACCCUGAGCAAAGUGCCUUCCUGUGUGGCCGAGCUGUCUGAAUGGAACUUUGACGGAUCCUCCACCGGUCAAGCUGAGGGCCAUGAUUCCGAUGUUCUGUUGCAACCCGUCGCCAUGUUUGCCGAUCCAUUCCGUGGUGGUGGUGGUGGUGGUGACAAUAAGCUUGUUCUAUGCGAAACGUACAAUCCAGGUAACCAGAGCAUUCAACCCGCGGUGGUGGUGAUCACUCAACUCAUUCUUAAUAUGAUAAUCACCACAGAUGGCACCCCGCACGCUACCAACUUUCGCUAUGCAUGCAAAAAGGUGAUGGACACAUACGCUGAUGCAAAGCCAUGGUUUGGUAUUGAGCAAGAAUACAUGUUGAUGGAUCCUGAAACGAACCGCCCUUACGGCUGGCCACGUAACGGCUACCCCGAACCACAGGGCAAAUACUAUUGCGGUGUUGGCGCAGGCAAGAUCUUCGGAAGAGACAUCAUCGAGGCCCACUAUCGUGCGUGCUUGUUUGCUGGCAUCAACAUCUCCGGCAUCAACAGCGAGGUCUCAGCGUCACAGUUCGAAUACCAGGUUGGCCCGUGUGAAGGCUUGGAUAUGGGCGACCAGCUGUGGAUUGCGCGCUACAUCCUAGACCGUGUUGCCGAGGACUUUGCCGUUGCUGUCACGAUCCAUCCCAAGCCUAUCCAGGGCGACUGGAACGGUGCCGGCUGCCACACCAACUUCUCCACCGAGGAAAUGCGGCAAGACGGCGGCCUGGCUGCGAUUGAAAAGGCCAUUGAGAAAAUGAGCUUGAAACACUUUGAACACAUUGCCGUUUACGGUGAGGACAAUGACCAGCGUUUGACUGGCAAGCACGAGACUGGCCACAUUGGUGCUUUCUCGUACGGUAUUGCCAACCGUGGUGCAUCCAUCCGCAUCCCUCGCCAAGUCGGCAAGGAAGGCAAGGGCUACAUGGAAGACCGUCGGCCUGCUUCUAACAUUGACCCUUACCGUGUCACUGCCAUCGUUCUAGAGUCUUCUUUGGGCCCAUAA